AUCUAGCCAUCCACUAAGUCAGUUAGUCGCCUCCGAGUGGCUAGUCUAAAUGCAAAUUAGUUUGCCAACGAACUUCAUCGGAAACGGAUCGUGGUUUUAGCCAUUUAGCCAUUCUUCUUCCUCAUGGGAUUUUCCAUUCCGCAGUAUUAAGGAAAUCCAAAGUAGUUUCCUAUCACUGUUUCGAUAUUGAAUUAAAAGAAAAAAAUUGGCCGUGAAAGAGUUUUGUUAAAAAGAAAAUUCAAUUUUGAAUUUAAAUCAUUAAAAACGACUUUUCGAAAUGGUGCAACUGAAUUCCGGGGGUGGUGCUUUUACGGUAGCUUUAGAUAAAACUGGAAAGAAAUCUUUCGGCAUAAGCAUAGUAAGGGGUGAGAUCAAAGACUCACCCAAUACGAAGACAAAUGGCAUUUUCAUCAAGGGCAUAGUUCCGGACAGUCCGGCACAGUUGUGUGGAAAAUUAAAGGUCGGUGAUCGCAUUUUAUCGAUCAACGGCAACGAUGUACGAAAUGCCACCGAACCCGAAGUAAUUCUACUCAUCAAAGAUGCCGGCACUGUCAUCAAUUUGGAGAUACAAUCUGUGGAUCAGGACAAGGGAGGCGACAGCAAUAAACCGGUGGAGAAUGGCUUUGCAAUGAACAAGAAUAAAUUUCAGCAAUCGAUUAAACAGGCACCGGCUCCCAAACCGCCAAAUGUCAAUUCGAUGUUGAAAAAUACCAACUAUUCGGCGACAAUAUCGAGUGGACCUUCGGGUGGCGGAGGCGGUGGUGGUGAUGACGAUGAGGAGGAUGAACGUGAUAUGACCGGUCGCAUUAGGACAGAAGCGGGUAUUGAGAUUGAUCGUGCUUCUGCCGGUAAUUGUAAACUAAAUAAUGUAGAAAAGGCUCGUGAUAAGGAAAAGGAAGAUGAAUUUGGCUAUACCAUGGCUAAAAUCAACAAACGCUAUAACAUGUUAAAGGAUGUGCGACGUGUAGAGCUAACUAGACCCGCCAACACACCUUUGGGUAUGGCCUUAGCCGGUCAUGUGGAUCGUCAGAAAAUGGCUUGCUUUGUGGCCGGUAUUGAUCCCGAGGGUCUAGUCGCCUCAUUGGAUAUCAAGCCGGGCGAUGAAAUUGUCGAAGUGAAUGGUGUUGUCCUCAAAAAUCGUUGCCAUUUAAAUGCCUCGGUGGUCUUUAAAAAUAUUGUCACGGAGAAAAUUGUUUUGAUAACAUCGCGCAGAAAACCCAGUGAUGAUGGAAUGAGUGUUAAGCCCGUCAAACAAUUUCCACCGAAAAUUGAUGAUACCAAAUUCUUGUUCGAUCAAUUCCCCAAAGCCCGAACGGUAGCCGUAAAGAAAGAGGGUUUCAUUGGCAUUAUGAUCAUCUAUGGUAAACACGUUGAGGUGGGCAAUGGUAUUUUCAUAUCCGAUUUGCGUGAGGGCUCCAAUGCCGAGGAGGCUGGCAUUAAAGUCGGUGACAUGCUACUGGCCGUCAACAAGGAUGUAACCCUGGAAUCCACCUAUGAUGAGGCCGUUGCUCUCCUCAAACGAGCAGAAGGUGUUGUCAAUCUCUGUGUCUUGACGCUGAAACCCGAGGAGAAGAAGGAGGAAAAGAAGGAGGAAAAGAAGGAAGAAGAAAAACCAAAGGAGCCCGAAAAGAUUGAUCCUGCCACAGCCCCUGUGAAACCAAAUACCAAAAUGGUCAUUGAAAUGAAGGUGGAGAAGAAGCCGUUAGGCGUUAUUGUCGUCGGUGGUAAAAAUAAUCAUGUUAAGACUGGUUGUGUUAUAACACACAUCUAUCCGGAGGGUGCCAUUGCAGCCGACAAUCGUUUACAAAUCUUCGAUCACAUAAUUGAGGUUCAGGGUAAACAAAUGGACUGUACAUCGAUGACAACACUCAAGGUGCAUCAGGCAUUCCAUACGUGCUAUGAAAAUCUUCUAACCGUACAAGUUUAUCGAGCCGAUCCCCCAGAGGUGGAAACCUUUAAGGUUGAAUUCAAUAGGAAACCGGGCAAAGAUAUUGGUCUAUCGUUGGCUCCCAAUGCAAAAGGAUGCACAAUUUCUGAAAUCACCUCUGCGGGCUAUGCUGAUAUUGAUAAUAAACUACAACGCGGCGAUAUUAUAACCAAAUUCAAUGGUGAUUCCCUAGAAGGUUGUACAUUUGAGGUAUGCUAUGCCUUGUUUAAGGGAGCCACUGGCAAAAUAUCAUUGGAGGUUACCCGGCCCAAGCCCACAGUUCGCACCGAGGCCAAGAAGUGAGGCAGCAAACUCUGUGUAUACUUCUACAACUGAUCCAACGAAACCUAAUCUCCUCCAUACCAACUAACUUUGUAAUUGUAGUUUGUAAGCGAUGAGAUUUUGAGAUUGAUGAGAUGAUAAUAUGAAAAACUCCUACAAGGAUAAAAUUAAAAUAAAAUAAAAACAAGAAAAUUCAAAA